CCGGCUGACGUCAUCGGGAAGCCGUUGGCUCCACGGCUCGGAAUCCGCGAGUUAACUCAUGUCGAGAGCUGGGAAGUUGUCCCUCGACGAAAAAACACAGUUUAUUGAACUUUUACGGUUACGGUUCUCCGACGUUUCCCUGCUGUCGAGACAUUUAGGCUCACCCAACAAUGUCUUUUAUCCCAGGACAACCGGUCACUGCUGUUGUGGCACGAGUUGAGAUCAAGAAGUUGCGUCAAGAUGCCAACCUGAUCCUGGGCUUCAGCAUCGGAGGAGGAAUAGACCAGGACCCUGGACAGAACCCCUUUUCUGAGGACAAGACCGAUAAAGGAAUCUAUGUGACCAGGAUAUCACCAGGAGGACCAGCAGAGGCGGCCGGCUUGAAGAUAGGAGACAAAAUAAUGCAGGUGAACGGCUGGGAUAUGACCAUGGUGACUCAUGACCAGGCUCGAAAAAAGCUAACAAAGAAGCGGGAGGACGUGGUGCGACUGCUGGUCACCAGGAAGUCGCUGGAGCAAACGGUCAAACAGUCCAUGUGCAGUUACCCCCGGCCGUGAUCCGCAUCACACCACUCCCACUGACCAGUGCCGAUAGCCAGGGACACGCACACCACAAACCCACACUCUGGUUGCACUGUGGCCUUUAUCCUGUAAGAAAGAAAAACACUAGCUGACAAAAGAAUCAUGGGAUGAAUGUUGGGAUGUCUGAAACAGUCUGCAAAAAAUUCUUCAGUUCCCGUCUGACCACAUCCAAGCUUUAACUGAGACUCAGAGGUAGAAUCCAGGGGGAGCUUUCAUGUAAUUUCAAUCAUUUUCACAACAUUUCCUUUUUUUAUGUUUAGAGACCAGGUGACUGAAUCCCGUUUUAUACAACACUUCUUGAAAAACUCAAAUUUUUGCAGAUAUUUCUGCAGUCUUCUUCCUUCCUUCAUACCGUUUGCCUUUAUCUGACCAAAGUUGGGCCAGAUGGACUGAAUACUCCAAAGAAAAAUCAAAGCAAAGCAUUGUGUCUGUGAUGAGCAUUUUCUUUUUUUUUUUUUUUUUACAAACAAAGAACCAGUAUUUUUUUGUCUAGGUUACAAUAUCAAAUGCAAAAAAGAACGCAGGAACACUGGAAAC